AUGCCGAUCGUGCUCCGCCUCAAACUAUUUGAGUGUCGGCGCUUCGAGUCGGACGAGGCGCGCGCGCGAGCGCUCGACGAGCUCGACGAGGUGCUCUCCCGUCGAUUUGCGUCCUUUAUUGGCCGCAUGCGCGGCGCCUUCAUCAAGGCGGCCCAGGUGCUGGGUUCGCUCUCGCCGCCGCCAGUUCGGCCAAAGUAUGUCCGCAAGCUCGAGCCGAUGGUCGACGCUGCGCCAGGCGGACGACCGUGGCGCCACGUGCGCCGGCAGCUCAAUCGCGAGCUGCGGCGCAGCGGCCACACCGGCGGCGUCGAGGAGGUCUUCAGCAGCUUCGAUCGCGAGCCGCUCGGCACGGCGAGCGUCGGCCAGGUGCACCGCGCGGUGCUGCGCGACUCUGGGCGCGUGGUGGCUGUGAAGCUGCAGUACCCUGACGCCAAGCGUCUCAUCCUGUCUGACCUCGGCAACAUCCACGGCGUGCUGACGGUCCUCGGCAAGAAGGCCGAGGCCAACGUCGUCAAGGAGUACCGCAGCCGCAUGGGCCAGGAGUUUGAUUACGAGGAGGAGGGGAGGACAAUGAACGCGGUCUCCUCAUUCUUCGGACGCGGCGGCAGCAGCGGCGGCGGCGGCGGCGGCGGCGGGCGCAGCACGGGCGCGCGCCGGCUCGCGUCGCGGCUGGUGGUGCCUCGCUGCUACGAGGGCCUCUCCACUCGCAAGCUGCUCGUGAUGGACUUUGUCGAGGGCCGGUCGAUGCGAGAGGCGCUCCUCGCGCGCGUGGCGGCGCUCGACCGCUAUCCGCCGCCCAUUCGACUGCCGCUGCUCCUCUCUCUCCGCGCGUCGACGGAGCGGCAGCUGGCGCUGCUGCUGCGCGCUCAGGCGCUGCAGAUCUUCGAGCUCGGCACCUUCAACGCCGACCCGCACCCCGGCAACGUCUUCCUCGUCCCGAGGGCGAGGAGGGGCCUCGGCCUCGGCGGGUUAUGCGGCGGCGGCGGCGGUGCGCGACUCGGGCUGCUCGACUUCGGGUGCAGCAAGACGCUGAGCGCGCGGCAACGCGCCUCGCUCGCACGGCUCUAUAUGGGGCUCUCCGCCCGCGAUGACGACGCGGUCGUCUCGGCGGCGGUCGAGAUGGGCAUGCGCACCAAGCACAUGGACCGGAGUGUCAUCGUCCAGUUCGCCACGCACUUCUUCGACCGCAACGUCGCCGACUGCUCGCCUCCCGCCUUCCUCCUCCAGCUCAAUCAGCAGGACAAGAUCACGGCCCUCCCAAAGGAGUACAUGCUUGUCGCCCGCUCCUCGCUGCUGCUGCGAGGCCUCGGCGCCAAGCUCCAGGCGCCGCAGCACGUCAGCGCGGUGUGGGCGAAGGAGGCGCGACGGUACCUCAGAGAGUAUGAGCGGACUCGGAGCGUGCGGACGUAG